AUGUCAUAUUCCGGCGACAAAAGACCACUCUGCCGUACGUCCCGGGCGGUGCUUCUCACAAUCACACUCGUCCACCUCUGGGCUUCUUCAGGCCUCAACCAGACGGGGGCAAUUCGGGUAAUUCCGGUGCAGAGACAUUUUUCACCCGUUGAGCCGCCGCCGCCGGCUGGUCGUUUUUUCAACGGCGGAGAUUAUUCUGACGUCAACGGUACAACAAGAACAGCGAACAGUACUAGUUUUCUCGAUUAUAAAAGGAGAAUACCCAGCUGCCCAGAUCCUCUCCACAAUUAG